UCUCUCUCUCUCUCUCUCUCUCUGUCUGUCUAUCAAAUAAACAAGGAAAAGCAACAAACACAGACAUAUGAGACAGACAAUUUGUUUAUACAUAGAGGUGUCAACGCUAAAUUGGUCUGGAUGAUUUCAUAUUGCUCUCAAUAUGACAGCUGUGUCUCCCCCUGCAUUACACGUCACAUUGAUUGGAACCCCCACCCUUUCUUUUGACAGCUCUCGGUGACGCGCGUCAGCGUUGGGGACGCGCUCGGACGCGAACACUGCGGUUUGAGAACAGCCCACCUCCAAGUGAAUGCGUGCUCGCCACCCUUCUGUUGUUCUCUGUCCGGAGCGUGCACGCACACGCACGCGUUUUUAUCCCCACCUCUAAAUGUAUUUCCAGCGUCUGGUGGACUUGUACAGACACCGCGUCGGAUUGCGAAUACAGAUGGAGAUCUCACUGAUGUCUGAUGGCCACUGGCGCACCCGAGCCGCGCGAGAGCACACAAGUCAACUAUUAUGAUACGCGCGAGACACGGGCAUGUGUCAAGAGUGCCAAGCUGUGCCCUGAUGGGGAAAAUAGAGUAACCGGCUGAGAAAGAGAUUUGUUUGGAUAUCACAGGAAAAGCUGCCCGUGGAAAUGAGUCCUGAAGAGAAACCAAAGAGGCACUUUACCACUGUGAGUCUAUGGAGAGAGAAGUGCAGACUUUCAGCCUCUGUAAAAGAAAAGGAAACUUAACUGAAUUCUGACCAACAAGUUUGGACACUCCUGGGCUGACCUGAGAUACUCCUCUCAUUCUGGAAGUUGGACUUUUUAAUGUUUUUUUUUUUUUUUACUUUUUUAUGCGUGGACUGCGAUGGAUAUGAGCUUACUUAAAGCAUGCACUCUGACAGCCCUUUAAAUGGUAAUGUAGAUACCAUAGAGUUUUUUUCCCCAUGAAACCAACGUAAUGGCUCAUUUAUAGUGAAAAUUGUGCAUUUAUCCUCAGAAUGGAGUUCCCUAAAGAGUCAAAGCAAACAGUGCUUGACUUGAGCCUUCAUUUUUGUGGUUUUAUUAUGUAACUUUAAUUAAUCAGUGAAAAAACAUUUUGAUUCACUUGUAGUAAGUUGAAAGAUUCCAUGCCUUUUGGAUAAACCUUUCUAAACCCAUGUGCGUCAAGAAGGACAGAAAACAAGAGGAAUGCGCUAUUGACGUCAUGAGGUGAAAUAACCGAACUUAAAAUCCUGGAACUGACUAGAUGCAUGAGUAAACCUUUUGCCAUCUAGACGUCAGAGUUGUUUGACUCGAAUUACAUUUGAUUCUUUUUCCAUCCGAGCACCUUUUUUUGCAUUUAUUCCAGACUCGACUCUGAUCUGAACAGUAUCAUGGCUUCUCCUCAACAUCAACAUCUGCUGUUUCACAACAGCGAAGCAAGCUGUGACUCCACCGGCGAUGGUGCUGUGUCAGUGCGUAUCAGCGGCACCAAACCUCACAAACAGCAGCGUGGGAGUCUGGGCGCCAGCGCCAUGUGCAGUAUCAUUGGGGGCUCCAAACAUUGCAAGUACAGUAUCUCCUCCAGCUGUAGCUCGGGCGAAUCUGCCAUCCGGAAACCGGCGAUCAAAGGCCUCAGGACUCAGAGGAAGAUGCCGCAGCUGUUCGAGAGGUCGGCCGGACACUUCUGGAACCCCAAGUUUGACUCGAACAUUCUGGAGGAAGCCUGCCGCGAGCGCUGCUUCCCUCAGACGCAGAGACGUUUCCGCUGUGUGUUGUUUUACAUGGCGGCCGCCAGCCUCCUCUGGGGGUUGUUCUUCAUCGCUAACGCUAAUCGAUGUGAACAGACUGCCUUCUUAUUGCCCACGGCCUCCUUCCUACUCCUCUGUUCUGUCCUGUUCGUCUUCACGUUCACCCGGUUCUACACCCACUGCUACAAUCAAGCCUCACUGUUGCUCAUUGUGGUGACAUUUGCCCUCACUCUUGCACCUCAGAUCCAAACAUCAGGCUUUAGUGACUUUAAUGUGCCUCCUUUGAAGGAUGAAGAUGAUGUAGGCGACUUUAGUGGCGCUGAGGAUAAAAAUCUGACAUUUGAAGCCGCCCGCAGUGGAGGUCCAGUAGCCCCUUGUUUGUCCCCAGUUGGCACCUUCUCUCUAGGCAUGGAGGUGCUUUCGUUGCUCUACAGUUUCCUCCAUGUCCGUCUUUACGCGUCACUACUGCUUGGCCUGCUCUACUCAGUGCUUUUUGAGACGCUUGGAUGGAUGCACUUGAUUCAAGCCAAUGGAUGGAGCAAUUCCACUGAGGAACAUUUGGAAACGCUCUACUGGCUGAUCCCUGGAAGAGCCAUUUUGCAUGUCUGCGCCCACAUCAUUGGUAUUCACCUUUUCAUUAUGUCUGAAGUGCGUUCCCGCAGCACGUUCCUCAAGGUCGGCCAAGCCAUCAUGCACGGGAAAGAUUUGGAGGUCGAAAAGGCCCUGAAGGAGAGGAUGAUUCACUCGGUGAUGCCUCGUAGGGUGGCGGAUGAGCUUAUGAAGCAAGGCGAUGACGACAAUGACAAUUCGGUUAAGCGCUACUCGACGGGAGCGGCCAUUGCCGGUGCCUCCAGCCCUAAGAGCACCAAGCGCAAGAAGACAUCGAUUCCUCGGGGUCAGAUCAUCUUCCGGCCUUUCAACAUGAAACGCAUGGAGCCGGUCAGCAUCCUGUUUGCCGACAUUGUGGGAUUCACCAAGAUGAGUGCCAACAAGUCGGCGCAUGCCCUGGUGGGACUCCUCAACGACUUAUUUGGACGUUUCGAUCGCCUGUGCGAGCUCACGUGCUGCGAGAAGAUCAGCACUCUGGGAGACUGUUACUAUUGUGUGGCUGGUUGUCCCGAGCCACGAGAGGACCAUGCCUACUGCUGCGUGGAGAUGGGGCUUGGGAUGAUCCAGGCCAUUGAGCAGUUCUGUCAAGAAAAAAAGGAAAUGGUCAACAUGCGUGUUGGCGUCCACACGGGCACCGUGCUUUGCGGGAUCCUCGGCAUGAAGCGCUUUAAAUUCGAUGUCUGGUCCAAUGAUGUCAACUUGGCCAAUCUCAUGGAGCAGUUGGGUGUCGCCGGGAAGGUUCACCUUUCGGAGGCCACAGACAAGUUCUUGGAUGACCGGUACUUGCGAGAAGACGGCCGAGUCACAGAAAGGAUCGGACCAAGUGUGGUUGCAGAUCAGCUUAAAGGUCUUAAGACGUAUCUGAUAUCCGGGAGGAAGGUGAAGCACACCCAGUGGAGCUGCCCUCCGUCUGGUCUGGUGACGAGCGAGCUCAGAAAGUCUCUCAGUGCCACGUCCUUCAGCCCUGACAUCACAUCCUCAGCCUGCGCUCUGACACCGGGCUCGGACAGAGCUAAGUCUGCCUGUCCCUCAUGUGGCGUGUUAGCUUCUGAAGACGGGCUGCUUCACAGCAACAGCUGCACAGAUCCUGAUCACAAAACCAUCAACAGCAAGGGACCGGCAGGCAGGAGUCCCAAGACCCUUAAUGGCCUGUUAAGCCCUCAUCUGGAGCAGCCCCUGACCCACAGCCAGACGUCUCUGUGCGAGAUGCUGCAGGAGAAGGAGAAGAAGUGGCCCGGAGGAGGAGGAAUCUGCGGCAUGGGGACGAUGGACCACUCCGCCCUCAUCCCACUGCGCUCCAAAAACUUCCGCGAGAGGAGCGACGCUCACUUUGUGGACGUAAUAAAGGAGGACAGUCUGAUGAAAGAUUACUUCUUCAAACCGCCCAUCAACAACUUGAGCCACGCUUUCAUAGACAAAUCCCUGGAGUCCGCUUACAGGACCAGCUACCAGGACGAGGUUAAGACACAUGCUCCCGUCCAGACGUUUGCCAGUCCAACAUUUAGCUCCUUCCUAGACAUGCUCCUGUGCUGUUGUGUUUUCCUGGCUCUGUCUUUGGCUUGCUUCCUGAGACCGCUGGUUACCCAGCAGCCCCUGCCCACACCUGCCCUUAUAGUGGCCGCAGUUGCAGCUGUGCUUGAAUGUUUGGCCCUAGUGCUUGCUAUACGAAGAGCCUUUUACCUGGACAGCGUUCUGAACUGCACCAUGAGCCUCCUCUGGGCCAUUUCUGGGUGGGUCCCUCGUCACAUGAUUGGGGCGGUGCUGGUGUCUUUACCUGCCGUGGCUGUCUUCUCUCAUAUCACCUGCAAUAUGCAUGACUCCAUACAGUUCACCAUGUUCACCUGCUGUGCUGUCAUAAUUGCCAUCAUCCAGUACUGCAAUUUCUGUCAGCUGAGUUUCUGGAUGCGUUCAAGCCUGGCGACGCUAGCGGGAAUCACCUUUCUCAGUGUGCUCUGGAGCCCUCCUUGCAGCACUUGGGAACGUUUGUUUUUGAGAUCCAGUGACUUCAACAGCAGCAUUAAUGACGUCCAGUCCUCUGGAGAAGAUUCGGACCAACUACAGGAUCUACUCGGCCCUGAGGCUUUGGUAGCCUUUUUCCUGUUGCUUCUCCUUGUUUGGUUCCUCAACCGUGAGUUUGAGGUGAGCUACCGUCUUCACUUCCACGGGAACGUGGAAGCAGACCAGCACCGCAUCAAGAUCCAAAACAUGCGGGACCAGGCGGACUGGCUCCUGCGCAACAUCAUUCCCAUACACGUGGCCGAGCAGCUGAAGGUGACCCAGAGCUACUCCAAGAACCACGACAACGUGGGCGUCAUCUUCGCCAGCAUCGUCAACUUCAGCGAGUUCUACGAAGAGAGCUACGAAGGCGGGAAAGAGUGCUACCGCGUCCUGAACGAACUCAUUGGGGACUUUGACGAACUCUUGCGCAAGUCUGACUUUUCCAACAUCGAGAAGAUCAAGACGAUUGGCGCGUCCUACAUGGCAGCGUCUGGGCUCAAUACGCAACAGUGUAGCGACCAGGCCCAUCCGCACGCCCACCUGCGAGCGCUCUUCGAAUUCUGCCUGGAAAUGAUGCGCGUGGUGGACGACUUCAAUAAAAACAUGCUGGGCUUUAAGUUCAAGUUACGGAUUGGGUUCAACCACGGACCCCUCACUGCGGGAGUCAUCGGCACCACCAAGCUCCUCUACGACAUCUGGGGAGACACGGUGAACAUCGCCAGCCGGAUGGACACAACCGGCGUGGAAUGUCGCGUUCAGGUUAGUGAGGAGAGCUACUGCGUGCUCAGCGGAAUGGACUACGAGUUCGACUACCGUGGUACCGUCAACGUGAAGGGCAAGGGUCAAAUGAAGACCUACCUUUACCCGAAGAGUGCAGACAGUGGACCUGUACCUCAAUACCAGCUCUCGGUCUCUCCAGAAAUUCGAGCGCAAGUGGAUGGCAGCAUCGGACGCUCGCCCACUGAUGAAAUCGCCAAUAUGAUGCCGGCAACCAGUGCCAGUAGAGUAGGUGCGUCUUUCUCCGUGAGUUCAGGGCUUACCGGAGAGGGAUACGCUGGUAGAGACUUUCCCGAAAAGGUUGCAGGAAGCAACGGUACGUCCAAGGCCCAUCGAUCUGCAUCUGCUGUUGUCCUGACAUGCAUACCAGAAACCAACCUGAGCACAAGCGGUAAACCAGCAGAACCAACCUUGACCUCUCCUGUCCGCGCAGAAAACGCAGAGGCCACUGCAAAAAAGGCGGGAGAAAUAGCGUACAUGGGGGAAAUGACAAAACUUUGACUCUAAACGCACCAACAGUGUUGUUGCUGUUGGUCUUAACCCUUUAAACGUGGGCUUGCAACCCUCUCUGUUGAGUUUGUAGGCAUGUUUAGGGACGGAUGCUAGCGUAGAUUUGUAUCUGUGUAUGUGGAGUGGAAAGUUUAAGCACAUAAUCUUAAAGUGUUCAUACCGCUAGCUGAACCAGGAGACAUUUUCACAUGUGGACUGGACUGUAAAAACUCAGAGGAGCCACAUGAACCAUUCCUACGUGGAAUAAGAAAUGCUGGGGAGAUGGAUUGGGUCGGCACAGACCUGAAGUCCCAUCCUUAAACAGACCGCAAUUAUUCCCGCUAAUUUAAUUUUGACUAUUAUUCCCCUACUAUUGUCUGCCUUCCGUGAAUUGUUUUCUUUUAAUGAAGUGCCUUUAGGAUGAUGAUAUGUAUGAGGCAUUCAAAAAAAAAAAUAUUUCUCAAUCAAAUCUUUAGCUAAAGAUCUAAAAGAUCUAGCAUGUAAAAUUGAUGUUAGAAAAUGCUUUAAUUUUUGUGAAAGUAUUUGGUAUAUUUUGGAAUAUUUAUAGAUAUUUUUUGAGUUCUCGCUGUCGAACAUUCAUCAGUCAGUAUUCCGAACAAUUUUACAAAGCAAAACUCUAUAUUGCGAUAAUUGCGAUUUUAAAAAGAACCAAGACUCUGAAUUGUGCAUGGCCAAAAGUGUCUGUGAAGAAGUAUUAGUGAAAUGUAGAGCAAGCUAUGGGCUAAAUCCACACAAUCAAAACUAUCAAACAUUUCAAGGGAGAUUACUUCUCUUGCUUUUUCUUGAUGCAUGUAUUCCUAACUGUGGUCAUUCUGUCUCUUUUUCCGUGAUUUUUCCUGUCUCUCUUCAUUCUGCAGCUAAAUAUUGGGUUGAGAACUAACAAUGAGCUCUUAGACAACGUGGCAAGUUUGCCUUAACGCUAAUGAGAUCAUAGUCUUAAAGGACACACUCGUAGUCUUAAAGCUACUGUGACUGGUUUUAAGAUAUAGGCAGUUUGUUUACAACAUAAAGUCAACAUUGAACCCAUAGUUCCUAGUCUUACUCUGGAUGAUUCAUCAGUGCACGUAGUUGAAAAAGCAAAAAUGUUGUCUUUGUAGUCUUUCAUCAAAAUUUAAACUUUCUUAGCCUCAGAAAUGACUUUUCUUUUCGGCUGCACGGCUCGGCAUGGAAAAUAAAGUUAGCCAAUAGCUAAAUAACAUUGUAUUAGACUACUUUUGUAAGUAGUGCAGCAAUUCAGUGCUGAUUAAUGGUAAACUGAUUAUGGCAAUAAUAGCAGAUAACAAUAGAUUUGAAAACAACGUUUUAAAAUUGGGAGAUGCUGUGGUCAAGAAUUCUCCUCAAAUGGUGUUGUUUCUGGUUUGACUUUAUUCUGGUAUUGCCUACUUGGAUAAAAUUGCCUGAUAUUGCCUUAUGGAUAAAAUUAAAUCCUUAUUGAGUAUUAUGUUGCACUUGUAGGUGCAGUAAGCGAUUUUUGAGACAUAAACACACCCCUCCCUUCAUUGCUCUGCCCCCAAGAUGCACAAGCACGCGAUGCAGCUUUAUCAUAGCUGAAGCCAAGCAAAAUAAUGCUUUGUGAAAAAUAGUGAAAAUGGUGAACAAAUGACUAGGAAGAACAAAAAAUGAACAUACAGUAUACAAGAGUAUCAAACAAGAGUUGGUUGUUAGUAGGGCUGCCCCCUAAUAUUCGACUAGAAGAGGCCAAAAAUGUUAUUAUUCGGUUAGUCGCAGAAAAAAAAAGCCUUGUGGAGAAGUCACGCAGUCCUCAAGGGACAGAUUGUUAACGGCGGGUCCUUGUGGUAAUUACAGUAUAUUGGUCAGGAAAUCCAAACGUUCGCUUAUCACUUAUCAUCCAUCAACCUCAAAUACGGCUUAUCAUUUUAAACAUGUAAGUAGCUGCUCAUGCUAACAUUAACCUAGAUAAUUGUGCGCUAUUAUUAGGUGCAUAUCUAAGUUUGAUAAAUAUAUCUAUAGCAAACUUGAAAUGUCAAGCAAUUGUCAAACAAUUCAAGUGGGAAACAAAUAUUCUAAGAUUAUGUAAUCCGUAUGAAACAGGCACGUCCACUACUGCAGAGAUGACGAGUCAGUAGGGCUGGGCGAUAUAUCGCAUGCGAUUCUCACGCGCAUUUCGUCAGUAAAGCCGGUUCCCUGAUUACCGCUAAAUCGCCAUCACCUGCUUUCAAAUGGAGCGCCUUUUAAUAGACAGAGCCGUAGUUCACUGAUAAGCCACGCAAAAUCGGGUUCAGUAUCGAAGUCGAUUCAUCUUCGAUACUGAAUGCGAUUUUAAAUGGGUGGUAAUCAAAUUACAGUUCCAUUUGAAAAGUAUUUCAGAUUACCAAAGUGAUUACAUAUUACACAUGAAUUUCAUUUAAACAUUAAUGUAAACUGUGACGGGUAAUUAAUGUAAAAAGCAAUUGGUGAUUCUCUGACUCUGACAGUCUGCAAAAGCAUCUGCUACAUUUCUGCUCAUAAGUUUCAUUCCCCUUGCAGAAUAUGCAACAUUUUAAUAAUUUCAACCAAAUAAAAAUUGCAAGUUAUUUUUAUUUAGUACUGUCCUAAAUAAGCUAUUUCACAUAAAAUAUGCUUACAUAUAUUCCACAAGACAAAAUGACUGAAUUUAUAAAAAUUGCCCCAUUCAAAAAUUUAUAUACCCUUGAAUCUUAACUGUCCUGUCAUUACCUGAUAAUCCACGACUGUUUUCAUGUUUUGCGAUAGUUGUUUGUGAGUAAAAAAUGUAAAAAAUGACUUUUUUCCUUGCAAUUGCGAGUUUGCAUCUUACAGUUCUGAACUUUUUUCUCAGAAUUGCGAGA